UUUUCUAAAUUGAAACGCGCGUGUAUGUAGACGGUGCAGUGGUGAAUCAGUGAAUUAACUGUGUCGUUUUAUUGAGCGCGUAAGUGCGUGUGCUCUUGUUAAUAAAGUGUAAGAGAUUACCUGAUUACCAGAUUAGACCAAUGCUGAUUAUUAUAUGAAAAAAGUGAAUAAUUACAACAAAAUCAAAAAUAACUCAGCUUUUGCUGACAAAAAGUUUUAAAAUAUAGAAACUGACUCAGUAAAUAAGAAGUAUACAGAUUUUUAGUGUUCGAGUACAAAUAAAAACCGCCAAAAUUCUGUCCUCAUUGUGGAAUGCGCCCACCCAGCUGGUCGGUGGAUUGGAUUCAAAAGGCGCCAAGCAUCCAAAAUUCAAAAUAACAGUGGUCAGUACACCGAGUCCAUCACCGACGUCGCCUCCACCAACACCACCCCCAUUGUCGUUAUCGUUGCCGUUGACAUCACAUAACGCAACCAUUGCCAUCAGUAAUUCAGGUUUGCUUCAUAACAACAACAGCGAUAUGGUUGAGACGACCACUCCGCCCAGUGGAGUUGCUGUGAAGCGUUAUGCCGUCGGCAUAGUUGGCUCGGGGAGUCCGCUCAGCGAGCACCAGCUUCAGCAUCAACAUUAUCACCAGCAGCAACAACAACAACAACACCAGUUGCAGCAACAAUUUCAACAACAGCCGUCUAACUUACAACAUAUGAGUCAAAGUCGUCAAAGUUCGCGAUCUCCACCGUCAAGUACGCCAAAUGCCGCAUAUUUGACCACCGCAAUGCUUUUAAACUCGCAACAAUGCGGUUACUUGGGCCAACGAUUGCAAUCGGUAUUGCAACAACAACAACAAAAUCAGUUGCAGCAACAUCAACAUCAACAGCAUCAGCAAUCGCAAUCACAAACUCCCUCUUCCGACGAUGGCUCGCAAUCAGGCGCCACCAUCAUUGACGACGAGCGCCCACACAGACCAGCGGCUGGUACGGCUACAGCGGCGGCAGCAGCGGCUUCGCUCUUUACAAUUGACAGUAUUUUAGGUGGUUCAAGAUCUACAGUCAAUAGUAAUAUUAUUAACAACAGCAACAACAAAACCAACAAUAGUCAUAUAGUUAUCGGUGGCACGAAACGUUCCGAUUCCCCCGCCUCACCUAGUUCUAACUCGAGUUCAGCUGCAACAAGUCCUAUACGACCGCAAAGGGUUCCUGCCAUGUUGCAGCAUCCCGGCUUGCAUUUAGGUCAUCUAGCUGCAGCGGCAGCUAGCGGAUUCACCGCCUCUCCAUCCGAUUUUUUAGUUGCUUACCCGAACUUCUAUCCGAAUUACAUGCACGCCGCCGCGGUCGCUCAUGUGGCUGCAGCGCAAAUGCAGGCACAUGUCAGCGGUCACGGUGCCGCGGCGGCCGCAUUGGUAGCGCACACACAUCCCCACCAUGCGCAUCACUUGCACCAUCCGCAUCACCCGCAUCAUCAUGUGGCGCAUCAUUUGGGUCAUGGGCCGCCCCCGAAGCGAAAGCGCCGUCAUCGCACCAUUUUCACCGAGGAGCAAUUGGAGCAGCUGGAGGCGACUUUCGACAAGACACACUAUCCCGAUGUGGUAUUACGUGAGCAGUUGGCGCUGAAAGUGGAUCUUAAAGAGGAGCGCGUGGAGGUGUGGUUCAAAAAUCGUCGCGCCAAGUGGCGUAAACAGAAGCGCGAGGAACAGGAGCGCCUGCGUAAGUUGCAGGAGGAGCAGUGCGGCGGCGCCAGCAACACGCCGGCAGGGGCCUCGGUCGCCUCGGGUAUUGCCUCGGUGAACGCCAACGGCGCGGUAAUGGCCGCUGUGGCGAAUCUGAAAUGUGCCGCCGAGGAUUAUGCCAGUCAACUUAGUCACCACAUUAAAACCGAUCCGAAUAGCUAUAACAGCGAUGCGGAUGAGUCAUCCGACCUGGAGGUGGCAUAAAACUCUGUUCACCAGUUAUUUGUACAUAUGUAGAUUUCCACAUUAAUUUCAAAAUAGUCUGUACCAUAUAAUUUAGUUGAUAUCUACUUGGACCAAAAUAGUAUUUGUAAAGUUUCAAAUUUGUGCAUUUAGACGUUCCUACACACCGGUGUAUAUACUUAGAUAAAAGCAAAACUGUAUGUGAGUAAGUGGCGCAUUUGUUUUUUGUCCAAAAAAUCAAUUUUAUAAUAUAAAUUUUGAAUAAUUUUAUGAAACGCGUGUGAAUGUCCGUCGCUAAUUAUGUAUUUACUAUUGUAUAUAUGUAUGUAUGUGGUGUGUAUG